AUGAGAGUGACUUACCACACCGGCGGCGCGGAGCGGCAGCAGCAGCAGCAGCAGCAGCAGCAGCGGCGGCUGGGCCGUCUCUCGGCCCUCUCGGUGUACCGCCGGGCGGCGGGGCUCGGGCGCCUGGAGCGGCGGCGCCGCGGGACGCCGCUGCCCGCGGGAGGAAAGCGGGCCAAGGCGCGGCCGAGGCGGCGCGGCCCGGGAAGCGGCGGCCCGGAGCCGGAGGCCCCGCCGCCCGGCGCCGCCGCUGCCUUCCCCGGCCGCCUGGAGCGGGCGAAGACGCAGCCGAGCCUCGGCGAGGCGGGAGGCCGGGGCCCGGAGCCCGAGGCUCCGCCGCAGCCUCCGCCGCCGCCCGGCCCGCCCGGCCGCGUGGAGCGGGCCCCGGCGCCGGCCGGCAGCCCCGAAGCGAAGCGGCAGCGCAGCCCCGCGGCCGGCCCCGGCGGCCCGCGGGCGGCAGAAGGCGGCGGCGUGGCGGGGCUGCUGGCGCGGCUGGGGCGGCUGGAGGACAGCCGGCAGCGGGCGGCGGAGCUGUUCCGGUGGCUGGUGGCGCCGGUGGCGCCCGGGGAGUUCCUGGGGCGGCACUGGGAGCGGGCCCCGCUGCUGGUGCGGCGGGGCGACCCCGGGUACUACGCGGGCCUCUUCUCCACCGCCGACUUCGACGCCGCCCUGCGAAGCGGCGGGGUGCGCUUCGGGACCCACCUGGAUGUCACCAGCUACGCCGAGGGGGUGCGGGAGACGCACAACCCAUCCGGCCGGGCCCUGCCCGCCGUCGUCUGGGACUUUUACCAGAACGGGUGCUCCCUGCGGCUCCUCAGCCCCCAGGCCUUCUCCCCCACCGUCUGGCACUUUCUUUCCAUCCUGCAGGAGCACUUCGGCAGCAUGGCAGGGGCCAACACCUACCUCACGCCACCAGGGACACAGGGCUUUGCCCCCCACUACGAUGACAUCGAGGCCUUUGUACUGCAGCUGGAGGGGAAAAAGCACUGGCGUGUCUACAGCCCUCGGACGGAUGCAGAAGUGCUGCCCCAGUUUUCCAGCCCAAACUUCUCGCAGGCUGAGCUCGGUGAGCCCGUACUGGAGACGGUGCUGGAGGCCGGGGACCUGCUGUACUUCCCCCGCGGCUUUAUCCACCAGGGUGACUGUCUUCCUGAUGCACACUCGCUCCACAUCACAGUGUCCUCUUACCAGAGGAACACCUGGGGGGACCUCCUGGAGAAGCUCCUUCCAGCUGCCCUGCAGAUGGCCCUGGAGGAGGAUGUAGAGUUCCGGCAGGGGCUUCCCAUGGACUACCUGGGGUACAUGGGGGUCGCCAAUUCGGAUGCAUCUGACGCUCGCCGAACGGCCUUUAUGGAGAAGGUGCAGAGCCUGAUAAAGAAGCUCGUUGACUACGCGCCCAUCGAUGCUGCAGUUGAUCAGAGAGCCAAGUCAUUUCUUCACGACUGCCUUCCUCCAGUGCUUACACAGAGUGAAAAGGCACAGAGUGUGUACGGCUUCCCAGCCCGCUGGCAAGGUGGAGGUCCCCGGGAUGUUGAUAUAUUGAUAACAAAAGACACAGAAGUACGUCUGCUCCGCCAUGGCAUCAUUAGAUUGUGUAACGAAGAAGCUGGUGUGAUGCUGUAUUACACGACAGAAAACUCAAGAGUGUAUCACAAGGAGGAACCCAAGUGCCUUGAGAUAGAUCCCGAGCAUACAGACAGUAUCGAAUUUCUCCUGUCUUCCUAUCCAAACCACAUCAGUGUGGAUUCCCUUCCAUGUGAAAACUUGGAGGACAAGAUUUCUCUAGCCACGGUCCUGUUUGAGAAGGGCAUUCUGACUACAAAGAAGCCUCUGGUGCAAGUGUAACUCUUAUUUUUUUAACAAAAUAAACAUAAAUUUGUUUAGAAA